AUGAUAGAUCAUCGUCAACCGAUAACAAACGACGAACCACAAUUAACUGAUGAUGAAGAUAACUCUAAUCGAGAUGUAUCACCUACUGAACAAGAUCUAAUAGAAAUCGAACAACAGAAGAAGCGACGUCGUACAGCUAAUUAUCAACAUAUUAUUUCGACGACAACGACGAAUGGUAAUCAUGAAGAUGAAAAAACAUCUUUACCUUUAACUUCGACGAACAGUGUUGAAUCGUCAUCAAAUCGUCGAAUAAUAGAUAAUGGAUUCAAUGCAGCUAAUACGACAUCUGUUCUUCUUCAAACAUCUACUGAAAAAAAACAUAAUGAAGGAAUAAAUCGAUUGACAUUAUCUAAACAACGUUUUAAUAUUCCUUCAACUAAUCGAGGAUUAAUAUCAAAUUAUGAUCCAUCUCAAUCACCUCUUUUUUCUGUUGGUAUUCGAAAAACAACUGAAACAACCAUGUCACCAAAUCGAACGACAACAAAUCUCAAAUCAAAUACGAAUGAAUUUUCCGCUAAUUAUUUAUUAGCAACAGGUUUAGUUAAUCGAUCUCAACCAGCAAUACAAAAUACUCAACAAUCUUUAUCUAAUUCAACAAAUCGAUUAUUACCAAAUGAAAGACAAAUGUUUGGUGUUAAUUAUGCAUCAAUUAAUUCACGGCGUUUACCUUAUAUUGAAAGACUUCGACGACGAACAUUACAAGAUUGUAUACGUCUUAAUCGAACACUUGAUAGUGAACCAUUAUCUAUAUCAACAAUUGAAGAACGUACAUCAACAACUACUUCACCAAUACGAAAACCAGUAAAAGCACCUGAAAAAGAAUGUGGAAUUCAAUGUAAUAUUUCAGCUACAAAUGAUUCAUUAGAACCAAGUAAAAAGAUUCAACGUACAUUUCCACCACCAGAUAUUCGAAAUGAAGCAUUAUCAGUACCAAUUGUUGAAAAAAUACAAUCAACAUGUCAAACAGAAUCAUCGAUUCAAACAAAUAGUUCAAUUACUAUUGAACCAAUUCAACCAAUACAUGAUAUUACAAAACCAAAAGUACUUGGCAAUAUAACACCAUUUUCAUGGCCAAAAUUUGCACGAGCACAAGAAGAUUAUGCAAAAAAACAUCUCGAAAAAUGUUAUACUGAUGCUAUACCAACUCAAGCAUCAAAAUCAAUUGUUUCUUCUGUUAUUGAAAAAUCAAAUGUUAAUACUGCACCUUCAAUAGUUCCACAAACAAAUGUUAGUAGUACAAUUCCAAAAGUUCCAAUAUUUAGUGUAUCACCACCACGUCCAACUAAACCAAUUAUUGGACCAGUAUGGAAAUGUCCUUCAUGUACAAUGGAACAUCCAGCUCAAACAGCAUCAUGUUCACUUUGCCAUGGAAUUAAUCCAAAUUAUAAACGAUUAAGUGCUGUUGAAUCUACAUCAGUAUCCUCUUCAUCAUCGUCAAAUAAAGUACCUGAAAUUAUUAUUGAAGAACAUACUGUACCAAAACCUGUUACUACUUCUCAAACAGCUGUUCAAAUCGAAUCAACAGCAAAUGUUACGUUAUCAUUACCAACAACAACUAAAGAAAACACACUUUCAGUUCCACCAGCUGUAAUAACAAUUGCUCCAUUUUCUACUACUAGUACUCUUCCAUUAUUCGGUACUACAUCAACAGCAACACCAGCUACUACUAAACAAAAUAUUGUUACCAAUCCACCUGCGACUACUAGUGCUCUAUUUUCUUCAACAACCUCAGCAACAACAACAACAACAACAACAACAUCCUCAUUUGGCACAACAGCUACACCAUUAUUUGGUGCAACAACUACUCCUUUAUUUGGUACAACAACAGCUAGUUUAGAUAAACCAGCAACAACUACUUCAAAUAAUCUUUUUCAAAUUGGUACAAAUACUACUUCAACAUUUCCAUCAUCAUUUGGUUCAUUAACAUCAACAAAUACCACUACAACAACUUCAACUGUACCUUCAAUUAUAACAACAACAACACCAUCAUCACCACCAAAAGUCACAACAUCAAUCACAUUUGGAACAUUUAGUAGUACUUCAACAGCAACAACAGCUGCGACUACUUCAACAGUUUCAUUCGAUAAACCACCUUUAUUUUCAUUUGGAGCAAAUAAUCCAGCUCCAUCAUUAGCAUUACCAUCAGCAUCAUCAUCGUCAUCAUUAUCAACAACAGCGACAACUGCACCUUCAUCAACAAUUUCAAAUUUAUUUGCUUUUCCAUUAAAUGCAACAGCACCAACGACAACUACUACUUCUUUAACUUUACCGACCCCUGCAACAGCAGCAACAACAACAAGUGGACUUGUAUUUCCAAGUAGCUUUUCAUCUACACCAACACCUUUCAAUGCAGCAACAGCAACAACAACAACAACAACAAAUACAGCAACAACAUCAGCUGCACCUUUAUUUGGUAGUGGUUUAUCAUCAUCAUCAUCAUCAGGUUUCAGUUUUCCAACAAUAGGAGCAGCAACAACAACAACAACAACAGCAUCAAGUAGUACAACAUUUGCUUUCGGUGCUAGUAGUUCACCAAAACCAUUUGCACCUGCAGUUAUAUCAUCAACUGGUACAACUCCUACACCAGCAUUUGGUGCAACAGCUUCAUUUGGUACUUCUUUAACAACGGAUAAAUCAUCAACUUCAACACCAUCUUUUUCAGCUUUCGGUUCAACAUCAACUGCACCAUCAUUGUUUGCAUUUGGAGGUACAUCAAAUACAACUACAAAUCCUAUUCAAACAUCGAAUCCAUCAGCUGUAACAACAAGUGGUUUCUCAUUUGCACCUUCAUCAUCAUCAUCAUCAGCAGCAGCACCAGCACCAACAUUUGGAUUCGGUGCAGCGCCUUCAUUUAGUUUUGGUGCAGGAUCAACAGCUCCUACAAGUCAUACUCCAUUUCAAUUUAGUGCAACACCAUCAACAACCGUCAAUAACUCAUUUUCAGCUGGUUUUUCUGUAGCUACUCCGACACCUGAAAAUAAUCCUUUCAGUGUCAGUGAAGAUGCUACAAACAAGCGUCACGUUAUCAAAGCUAAACGUCGAGCCAAACAAUAA